AUGAAUCACGCUUUAGCCAUCAUGUGCUAUGAGUUUGUUUGUAAACAUUUUCAACAAGUGUAUAAACAACGCCAAUCUGUUGUCAUGGAGACAACGUGGAGCAAGUUGGAUACUCAUGGCAAUAGCACGUGGGAUGGAGAAGAUUUCAAUGUGUUGGUGAUCAGCUGUUUGAUAUCAAAUGAAUUUGUAUUGACUUAA